AUUCAUAUGGGUUCAGCAUGUAUUAAAAAGCAACCACAUCAAUAACGAUAAUAAUAACAACGACAAAUAUAAUCUCGAUAAUCAUAAAGUACAAAUGUGUCAUGCCAUUAAAACACAUAACGUCGAGCCUCAGAAUCCCAAUAAGUUUAAUAACAAACAAAUUAGAUCCAAAUCAAAGAAAAUUAAUCAAAGCCUUAAAUAAAUAGUGGAGUAAAGGUUUUAACUAAUUUAGUUCACUUCCCCAAGAUCUGAUUUAAAUGAUAGAUCAAUGCUUAGUAAAAAUGAAUUAACAAAAGUUGAACCAUUAAAACAUCGCUUUCUUUAAUAAGAGUCAGAUAGUUAUCUUUUUAAAAAUAAUGAUGCCCCAGAUUCAGAUAUAGCAAUAUAAGUGAAGGAACCAGAUAUAACAAAUUUAAAUGUCAUUAAAAUAUUGAAAUCUCUUCCUCCUUUUUAGUAUGAUCCUGAAUUGAAUAAAAAAUUCAAUGAUUGUAUAUCUUUACCACCUCAUGUAAUUAUUAUAUCAAUCUAAAUUAGUAAUUCAUUAGUACUGGAAUAAUAUAUGUAGGACAAUGGAGAAAUAAAUAAAAAUAAGGCAAAGGUCGUUAAUAUUGGCCAGAUGGAACUUAUUAUGAAGGAUAUUGGUAGAAUCAUGGAGCUAAUGGUAGAGGAAGAUUAAUACGUUGUGAUGGUUCAUAUUAUGUAUUGAUUAAUAAUACAUUAAUUUAAGGAAGGAGAUUGGCUUGAUGAUUUAUAAUGUGGAUUUGGUAAAAAUGUAGAUACUGAUGGUAAUAUAUAUGUAGGAGAAUGGAAAGAUGAUGAAAAAGAUGGAAAUGGUACAGAAAAUUGGGUAUCUGGAGAUAUAUAUACAGGUUAAUAUUAAAGUGGUAUGAAACAUGGUUAAGGAAAAUAUAUAUGGUCUAAUGGGAAUUCUUAUGAAGGUAGUUAUUCUAAAGAUUUUAUUGAUGGAUUCGGCACUUAUAAAUGGCCAGAUGGUUAAAUCUAUACUGGAGAAUGGAUUAAAAAUUAAAUGUAUGGUAAAGGUACCUUUUAUUGGGCUAAUGGUAAUAAAUAUGUUGGAGAUUAUAAAGAGGAUAAAAAAGAAGGUUAUGGAAUCUUUUCAUUUGCGGAUGGAAAAACCUAUAAAGGAGGAUGGCAUAAUGGAAGAUAACAUGGAAAAGGAGUCUUAAUAGAAGCAGAUGGAACUGAAAUUAUUGGAGUUUGGGAAAAAGGAAAAUUAGUUUCAUAAGAAUGA